AGCCUCGGAUCCAGAGCCCGCGCCAGCUCGAGAAAUAAUUGUCUUAGAUUCCCCGCAGAAGCUCCGGGGCCGAUGGUCGUAACCAUAGAUUCCUCUUCUAGCUCGGGGGAGGAGAUGUCUCAGCCCGGGGAAAAGAAUCUGCGAGCUAUGUUCACCGGAGGGAACUCCUCAGCUGGGGCCUCUGGGCCCAAAAUGAAGAAUCUCCGGGUGGCAAAGAAAGCCGCUGGGACCCCAACCAAGUCCCCUGCAAAGGGGAAAGAGCCGCCCCCAGCUGCCCAGGUCGAGGAAACUACACCUCUUACUGUAGUGGAGAACAUGCCCCCACCCCCUCCGCGAGCUCCGGCCUUUGUCCGGGACACAGGGGCGGAGCUCGGGACCUCGGCAACUGCGCCCCCCGAGGUACGUAUCCCGGUGGACCCCCAGGACCUGGAGAAGAUUCUAGAUGUCUUUCGAGGGACGGUGUAUGAGACGGCGAGCUACGCCGUCAGCCACUUCAACCGCUUCAACGAGAGGGAGCUGCGGGCCAUCGAAACCAGGAGCCCGGUGGGCGUAAUGGAGUUGUCAUUGGGCAUGGCCCUAACGAGUGUCUUGGCCCUUCACCGGAGCAUAGCCAGGGCCAAGGCCCAGCUCGAGGAUAUGAGGGGCAAGCAUUAGACGGCCUUGGCCGCCCAUCAGACUUCCUUGCAGACGGCUCAACAGAAGGAAAGGGAAGCCAAGGAUGCCCUGGUGGCCGCGCAGGCCGAGCUGGCUGAAGCCCGUCCUAAGCUCCAAGAGGUCGAUGCCACCAAAGCCGCCCUCGCCGCUACGCGGGCAGAGCUAGACACUGCGAAGGCUGGACCGAGGAGGCCAAGGCCGCCCUGGAAGCCGAGAAGGCAGCCUCCAGCUCCGCCAUGGAGGACAUGCUUUACCAUUGCUGGGUCUACAACCCAGACGGUGAUUUCUCCUUCUUGGGAGCGGACGUCUGGGAGCCCUUGCUGGAGGGGUUUAAAGCUCGCCUUCAGAAAGAGGCACCUUCUGAGACCGGGGAAGUCUCCGUCGUAGCCGAGCAGGAGGACGAGACGGUGACUUCCACGGGGCAGCCUGGUGGAGCUUAGGGCCUUUCCAUUUCGAUUUACUUCCUUUUGCCUUUACGCAUUUUAGUUACUAUUUUGAAAAACUUAGUUUGCGUUAAUUUUUAUCAAUAUCUCAUGCUCUUUAAGAAGAACAACGAUCAAUCAAUUUAAAUUAACUUCUAAGUUUUGUGACCUGGUUAUGUCCAGGGACUUAGUUU